GGCGCCAGGCGGCCGCCCCUGCAGGUAACCGGGGGGAGGCGGCACGGCUGCCGGGCUUGGGGGCUCCGAGAGCAGGACCCGGCCUGGGCUUCCCCCAGAACUGUCCGGGACAGCUGGGACGGCUGGGCCUACGCCUUGGACUCCGAGGCCUUGUCUCUGCUGGCACCUUCAGAGGCCCCUCCGACCUGAAAGCAAGCCUAAGGACGCCAUGCGGGGGGCUCUGACGUCGCUGCCUUCGCUGCCGCCACCUCUGUUGCUGCUGCUGCUGGUGCUGGGGUGCGGGCUGAGGGCGGCCGCCAGCGGUGGAGCCGCCGGGGCAGCGGGCUACCCGCCGGUGCAGUACGUGCAGCCCAUGCACAAAGGACCCGUGGGGCCGCCCUUCCGCGAGGGCAAGGGCCAAUACCUGGAAAUGCCUCUACCGCUGUUGCCAAUGGACCUGAAAGGAGAGCCUGGUCCCCCUGGAAAACCUGGGCCACGGGGUCCCCCUGGCCCUCCUGGCUUCCCAGGAAAACCAGGCACUGGAAAACCAGGGCUACAUGGGCAGCCUGGACCCGCUGGCCCCCCUGGCUUCUCCCGGAUGGGCAAGGCUGGUCCCCCAGGGCUUCCAGGCAAGGUUGGCCCACCAGGGCAGCCAGGGCUUCGGGGGGAGCCAGGGAUACGAGGGGACCAGGGCCUCCGGGGGCCCCCAGGGCCCCCUGGCCUACCUGGGCCCUCAGGCAUUGCUGUCCCUGGAAAACCAGGCCCCCAGGGGGUGCCAGGGCCCCCAGGAUUUGGGGGGGAGCCAGGGCCCCAGGGAGAGCCUGGGCCCCCAGGUGAUCGAGGCCUCAAGGGCGAAAAUGGAGUGGGCCAACCAGGGCUUCCUGGAGCCCCAGGCCAGGGGGGUGCCCCCGGACCCCCUGGUCUCCCUGGUCCAGCUGGCUUGGGCAAACCAGGUUUGGAUGGGCUUCCUGGGGCCCCUGGAGAUAAGGGUGAGUCUGGGUCUCCUGGGCUGCCAGGACCCAGGGGGGAGCCAGGAGCUUUGGGCCCAAAAGGGCCCCCUGGGCUGGAUGGUAUGGGGGUACCAGGGUCAGCAGGGGUGCCAGGGCCACAGGGCCCACCAGGGGCCAAAGGGGAGCCAGGCACCCGGGGCCCUCCUGGCCUGAUAGGCCCCACUGGCUAUGGGAUGCCAGGGCUGCCAGGUCCCAAGGGGGACAGGGGCCCAGCUGGGGUCCCGGGGCUCUUGGGGGACAGGGGCGAGCCAGGUGAGGAUGGGGAGCCGGGGGAAGAGGGACCACAGGGCCUUGGGGGUCCCCCUGGACUUCCGGGGUCUGCAGGGCUACCUGGCCGACGUGGGCCCCCAGGGCCUAAGGGGGAGACGGGGCUUGGAGGACCCCCAGGAGUGCCUGGCAUUCGGGGUGACCAGGGGCCUAGUGGCCUGGCUGGGAAACCUGGGCUCCCAGGAGAGAGGGGGCUUCCAGGGGCUCAUGGACCUCCUGGACCGACUGGGCCCAAAGGCGAGCCAGGUUUCACGGGCCGCCCUGGAGGACCAGGGGUGGCAGGAGCCCUGGGGCAGAAGGGUGACUUGGGGCUCCCUGGGCAGCCUGGCCUGAGGGGCCCUUCUGGAAUCCCCGGACUCCAGGGUCCAGCUGGCCCUCUCGGGCCACAGGGUCUGCCAGGCCUGAAGGGUGAACCAGGCCUGCCGGGGCCCCCUGGAGAGGGGAAAGUGGGGGAACCUGGCAUGGCUGGGCCUACAGGGCCUCCUGGGGUCCCAGGUUCCCCAGGACUCACGGGCCCUCCUGGGCCUCCCGGACCUCCUGGGCCCCCUGGUGCCCCUGGGGCCUUUGAUGAGACUGGCAUCACCGGCCUGCACCUGCCCAAUGGCGGCGUGCAGGGAGCUGUGCUGGGCAAGGGGACCAAGCCCCGGUUUGGGCUGGGCGAGCUGUCGGCCCACGCCACGCCCGCCUUCACCGCUGUGCUCACCUCGCCCUUCCCCGCCUCAGGCAUGCCUGUGAAGUUUGACCGGACCCUCUACAAUGGCCACAGUGGCUACAACCCGGCCACCGGCAUCUUCACCUGCCCCGUGGGCGGGGUCUACUACUUUGCUUACCACGUGCACGUCAAGGGCACCAACGUGUGGGUGGCCCUGUACAAGAACAAUGUGCCAGCCACCUACACCUAUGACGAGUACAAGAAGGGCUACCUGGACCAGGCGUCUGGGGGCGCCGUGCUCCAGCUGCGGCCCAACGACCAGGUCUGGGUGCAGAUGCCCUCGGACCAGGCCAAUGGCCUCUACUCUACCGAGUACAUCCACUCCUCCUUUUCAGGAUUCUUGCUGUGCCCCACAUAACCCAUGCUGCCCCGGCCUCCUCCUCUUUAGCGGUAGAGAGACCUUCUCACUUACAAAGAACCUCCAUUUAAAGAAAAAACCAAAGGCCGAACAGAGGCGGGAACAGAGGCGGCCGCGGCCUCGGCCCGAGGAGACUGAGUGGGUUUCUCCCUCCGCGCAGGCUGAGGUUGUUUCUGGAAGAAGGUGGCCUGCGUUCCUCUCCCCCGAGUGUCUGUGCAGCGUCGGGGUUGUGCCCCUCCUCCUGCCUUGCCUGGCCUGCAGGCAGGGCCCCGGGACACUCUGCCCAGCUGGUGGAGACCCCUGGCCCCCUGUGAGUGCUGGGCUCUGCUGGGCGGCGAAGGGUGCUGCUGCUCUGUGAGUCAGAGCUGAGAGGGGACUGAAUGGCCCCACCCAUUCCCCCGGGGAGACAUCUUCCCAGCCCUGCCCUUCCUGCCUGCCCGCAGACGGCCCCUGCUCCAGGAAUGGGACAGGGCCUCCCUCAGUUCUUGGCUGGGGCUCUUCCGGCUGCCCCGGGCAGGACCUCCAGCAUAAGACGGUGGGGCCCCUGAAGAGUUUUUGUUUCUCUCCAGGGGAAGGGAGAGGAGGGGGACCGUCGAGGUGGCCAGUGUGGACACCCUGUCAGGACUGCCACCCUAGCGGUGGGGCGGUGGCAUCAGGCCUGUCCCUGGCAGGUACAGGCGUGUGGCCCCUCCUGCAGGCUCCCAGGAAGUGCCAACCCCCCUUCAGUGCUCAGGCUGCAGCCAUGGGGAACGGUGGUGUGUGAGGGGUAGGGGCAUGGGUCUGGGGCAGGAUGGCAGCUCUUCAUGUUUGUCUCCAUCCCCCAGGCUGCCCCCACCAGCUCUGGCUCUGUUCAUCAUGAGGCCAGCCACCCAGGCCCCUAGGGACCACCACAGGCGGGCACGAGGCAGGAUGGGCAAUCAGCGAACAUGAGUAUUCCUCCCUUUCUCUCCUUUCACCUGCUGGGGGAGGGCUGAUUUUCUCACACAAAAUUGUAAGAGAUCAUUGCCACCCCCAAGCCCAGUAUCCCCAAGGCAGAGAGCUUCUUGUUUGCCCUCAGAACAAGGUGCACACAAGCUUGGGGAUGAAGGCCACCGCCUGCUUUUUCUUAAUAAGAGCCAUAUGAUGGGUAUGUGUCGACCACAGGGGUUAAUCUGCUGGGGCUUCCUCUCCUUCCACCCUCUGGUUCCAAUUUCCUGUCCUAGGCAGGAUUAGGGCCCAGGAGGCUGAGGUUCUGAGAAAAAGGGUGCCAACAGGCCCCUUUGGAAUGAGUUGGAUGUUUCUGCCAUUUUCCCCAAUCAGAGCUCCGCCCUGCAGGAAACGGGCAGGACCCCCUCCCAUGCCCUCAGCCCCUAGUUCAAGCCGAGUGGAUAGAGCCGAGGACCCAGCGUGAACCUGUUCCAGUUCUGGCCCGUGCCAGCCUUCCUUCCCAUGUUGAGGAAGGAGGCUGGCCACUGAUUUUUUUUUUUAACAUUUUUAUUGGAGUAUAAUUGCUUUACAGUGGUGUGUUAGUUUCUGCUUUAUAACAAAGUGAAUCAGCUAUACAUAUACAUAUAUCCCCAUAUCUCCUCCCUCUUGCCUCUCUUUCCCACCCUCCCUAUCCCACCCCUCUAGGUGAUCACAAAGCACGGAGCUGAUCUCCCUGUGCCAUGCGGCUGCUUCCCACUGGCUAUCUAUUUUACAUUUGGUAGUGUAUAUAUGUCCAUGCCACUCUCUCACUUCGUCCCAGCUUACCCUUCCCCCCACCCCAUGUCCUCAAGUCCAUUCUCUAGUAGGCCUGCGUCUUUAUUCCCGUCCUGCCCCUGGGUUCUUCAUGUCACUGACUUCCGACUUGUUACUCUGUGGCUCCUCAGGCCCGUCGCCUGGCCACAACUUCUCCAAACAAAGCAGACCGUUUGCUUGCUUUAACUUUCAAAAGGAGAGACAAAAACCCAAAUCUGCCCAAGUGGCACUUCAAGAGCAGGUUUUGGCUACGGUUCCUGGUGGGUUUCUUAUUCAUCGGCACCCACGGGUACUAAGUCUCAAAUCGUACCUCGUGGGGCCAUCUGCUCAGCCUCCUUCCUGGGUCAAAGCCACUGCUAUCUGGCCUGUUAGGGAGGCUUCUGUUGGGCGGAAAUGCAUCAGCUCCUAGUGGGAGCCCAGGGCCCUGAGGAGGGUACAGGGAGCCAAAAAACAAAACAAACAAACAAAAAAAAACCAAAACUGUUUCACAGAACUGAGUUUCUGCUAAAUGUCAUUCCUGAAGCCUUUGGGGAGAGGUGGGGGGUGUUUCCGAAAUAUUUAUGGGGUUUCCAGGUGUCCACUUAACUGACUAGCUUUGAUAAACUAUGUCAGGUUUUAACAAAACUACAUUACCUUGUGCAUUUUUAUGUUCUGAUUCCUCAUUUUUUUAAGAUUAAGGUUUAAAUGUUUUCCAUUAGUAAUUUCAUUUCUAACCUGGUAUAGGAGCUUAGUUCUCUACAUACCUAUUAUGUACCCUGUGUCACAGAAGAUUCGGGAAAAAUGCACUUGGGAAUCAAAGAAAAUGGGACUUCUUUUUGAAAAGAAAAACAACGGUAUUGACUGUAUUGACACAAUCUCAAU